AUGUCCGGGCCGGGUAGUACCAGUGCGAUGAGGGGGAGUUGUACGGAUUCGGGUGUGACAUUGAAUACCGUCUCUUCUCCUGAGUCUAGGCCUGCUGCUACGGUGCCACUGCAGCAGAUCAAGAUGAGUCUGGGAUCAGGCGAUAUGGUUGUUAUGCGCGGGGCGACGCAGUCGAAUUGGUUGCAUAGUAUUCCUAAAAGGAAGGGGAAGGCUGGGGAGGCGACGAGGGGGCGGAUUAAUAUCACCUUUCGGCGGGCUGUUGUUCCUGGCGGGACCAAUAAUUAUUAUCAUUAUAAUGUUGGUAGUGGGGGGAUGUAUCGGUGGGAUGAGGUUGCGAGGGAGAUGGUUCUGCAGGAUAGCAAGGUAUAG